AUGGGAGCCAUGGAGGUUGAGCCGGGCUUGGAGCUACGCAAAGUUACGACGGUGAAAAUGGAUCAGGCUGUAGCGAUUCUCGUGAAGGAAAGCAAGACCAUAGUACGUCGAGCGCAGUUCCCGCUACAACCAGAUUUCUUCGGGGAGGCAGCCGAUCAAUUUGAGGUCCGAUCAUUCCCACGCGCGUGCUCGCUGUGCGCAGUUCGAGCGAUCGACAGACGCGUUGCGUUCCUGUUCGGAGUUUGCGCAGGGCGUCUGGGCACUGUUGCCUUUUGCAGAUUCAACGAGGCCUUCACGAGCGUCGAGUUGACGCACAGCAUUGACAUGGAUACUUCGUUUGGCUUGGCGGGGCCCCUUGUGGAUAUUCUUCUGACAGAGCGCUCGUUGUGCGCUGUGGACGGCAACGGAGCUCUGCAGUCCUUUGACAUCCGGACCCGCCGCACCUCUAAGAAGGUGCCAUGUGAAGACAAGGACAAGAGCACGUGGAUUGGAGGUCUUCUAAGCUUCGCUGAUGAGCUUGUCGUAGGGCGUGCAAGAAUCGAUUCGAACCAGCAACUGUGCCUAAGCUCCAUCUCCAGCGAAGACCAUCGUGCGUUGCCUACUGCAGUUGUUGGAGCUGGUUUGACGUCGACGGAUCUUGCCGUUGGGACCAUUGACGACGUUCUCUACGUGGUCGACCCUCGCGAAGGAGUCAUUUACUCGUCGCAACUGAGAGUUACUGUUCGAAGUGAUGCCUAUCGCAUUGAGCGGUCUGGCAAUGCGGCGAAGAAUAGUCGCCAGGGGUGUCUACAAGCCGACAAGAGCUCGAAAGGCGCUGCUGUUCACUGGUUGCGGGUGUUCUACCACGUUUUCGAGAAGUUCCCAGUGCGAAGUCUUGUAGACAUGUCCAUGAACCCAGACGCGCCGUUCUCUCUAGAGUUGCAAGUUGUUGUCACUGACGGAGAGGCAAUGAACGGUGGUCGUGACGUAUGCGUGGAGUACUUCAACAACCUGAUGGUGGACCUGAAGCGGCUCAAUAAGCCGCUCUCUGGAUUGAAUCUAUCCAAGAAGCUGAAGUGCAUAUCGUCUGAAGAGACCGAGGAUCAAACUACUCUGGAGGUCAAGUCGGUUCGUCGUGCCUUGAUGGCGAUUGUUUCAUUCGUCCCUGUUCAGAUCUGCCGGGCAGAGGACAAUAUGCUAAAGCUGCUGCAAGAUGGCGAAGAUAGCAGAUCUUCUGCAAAGAGGGCAAGUACUGCGAGUUCUGAGGACGAUUCUGGUGAAAAUGGUGCAGAUGCGUCAGAGAUCGCCCAGUGGAUCCGCUUUGGACUACUGUCCCCACUCUUGGAGUCGUGGAAUGGGCGUUGCGUGGUGGUCACGUCGAUGGGGAAGCAGUCGACGGGGAAGAGCUACUUCCUGAACCACCUGGCAGGAACCUCAUUCGCCAUUUCAGGAUCGCGCUGUACGGACGGAGCGUGGAUGUCGCUGCGGUUUGUAUCUGCGAACGUCCUACUUGUCGUGCUAGACUUUGAGGGCCUGGGCUCCUUCGAGAGGUCCGAGCAAGAAGAUAUUUUCCUGUCGGUGCUGAAUGCUUCCGUGUCGUUGUUUACGGUGUUCCGCAUGGAGAGUCGAUUCGACAAGGACAUCGACGGUUUGUUCUCGCGUUUCCAGAAGGGCGUCCAGCUCAUCAAGAACGACCCGCGACUGUUUCGAGGGCUCUUGUACAUGAGCGUCAAGGACGUCAACAUCAACGAUCGACAGGGCGUGGUCGACGAGCUCGUAGCAAAGUUGGACACUAUCUUUGAGUCCAACAAGGACCAAAACUUUCUGACGGAGAUGUAUGCUGGGCAAUUGGAGAUCAACUGCUCGGCCCCGUUUGGCACGAUGGAUUAUUAUCAUUGCAUGGAGAAUGACGCGGCGAGGACUCUGUGCGAGAUCGUGUCUCCCUCUGACAGAGCUCCACCAGGCUUCGUGACUGGCAAGUCCUUCCUCGAUUGUCUGCGGAUUGUCCUAGCGAAGAUUUCGAUUCUGGACUGGACUAGUAUGGAUAAAUCCACCCAGAACUUGCUGGUAGCGGACGUGAAGCAGAAGCUCCCUGGGAUUCUUCGUACGGGCUGCCUCAUCUCGCUGCCUUUGGUUAGCGACAAGACCAUCCCUUUGCAUCUGAAGGAGGACGUUUUCCUGGUGGGAACCAGAAAGAAGCUGGUGGUCUCGAUUAAGGAGCUGUGUGAAGCGAACCCUGGGUUUGCGUCCAAGUGGACGGCACAGAACGAUAGCAUUCUGCUGGAUAGCAUCGCAGACGAAGCAAUUGAUCUGGGCUUUGACGUGACGGCAGUCCCAGCCAAGAAGGUGGUCGCAGUCCAGAAGACGAUCGCUAUGCUGUUCCAGUAUUUCUUAACACUGCUGGGUAGAACCUACGGAAGUUCGAGGCUGACGGUGGAGGACCAGAGCUGUUUUGAUUCCUUUGUGGCCUUUGUACUGCUCCGCCGCAAGCUGAAGGUUGAGCGCUGGCUGCGCGGGAUGCUUGGUGAGCACUUGUCGGAGGUACGUGCACAGCUGGAACAGCGCUAUGUAAACCCGCUUCCAGUUUAUCUGUCGCGGUGCCAGCACAAGUGCGCGCGGUGCCAGCUCGGAUGCAUGCACUCAGUCACGCACUCGCCAGCAAUUGAGCACAGCUGCUGCACGGAUCACAAGUGUCUUGGACGGUGCGAGUACGGCGAAUGCUGCGCGGACUCCGACUUGAUUGAGGCCCCGCCAUGCUCCCGAAGUGCCGGCCAUGAAGGCAAAUGCGAGUGUGAGAAGGGAGAGCACACGUGUGGACAGACGUGUGUGCUCGCUCACGCGUCCAACUGUGACAAAGCGUGCUCAAAGAGAGCCGAGCAUACUGGAGACCACCGCUGCUCCGUUCAAGUCCACGUUUGCGGAGCCAAGUGUUCUGCAGAUACCUGCAAUGCAACCUGCUUGCUCGACAUCCAGCGACAGCACUCGGUGCACAAGUGUGCGGAGGUGCAAUGUCUUCAUACCUGCUUGAUGGACGGAUGCAAGAACACGUGCGCCGAGAAGGACCAUUUCCAUGGACAAGGAGUGCAGUCACGAGCAUUUGCAGAGGAAAGUGGGUUGACAAGCGAAGGUGAUUCAAGUGAAGGCGUCGAGGACGAUGCAGCAGUCGCGCAUAUGUGUGCUGGAAACCACGCGUGUCCCGAGACGUGUCAGGUCGAUGGAAUUUGCGAGCACAAGGUUCAUCUGAAGAAGUCGGCUCGCACCUACACCGGCGCGCGUGGAUCGUUCGAGUACAUUUACCAGGAGAUGAACGGCUGCAAGAAGCACUGCGCGCUUGUGUUGGCUAGUGGUGAAAAGGACCACGAAGGGAGUGAUCAUUCCUGUCUCGCUCAAGCAGAAGGCAACGAUGAGAGUACAGUCCACUACUGUGACGUUCGGUGUCCAUCGUGCAGCUACUACUGCAACAAGCACUAUGGUCACAUGGGUCUGCACGCCACUUCUCACGGGAACAUGCGGCAGACGUACUUCAUGGCCAAGACGAACGAUAUCGACGUUGAGGACCGGAAGUACCAAGUGGGAGAGCGAGGAAUCGCCGAAAUGUGCAACUUGUUCUGCUCCAAGAUGGGUCGCGGCCACACGCACUACCUCUCCUGCGAGGGGAAAGGGGACGAGAAGUGCGUCUACACUGCGGACGCCAGCGAAGAUCAUCGCCGCCACUGCGUGGACAACCUGUUUCCGCCUCCAGACAGAGACAUGGAUGAACUCCUGCACGCUAAAUUCUGGUCGACUAUCGGAUGGGAGGACCCGUGCAACGAUGAGGAGCGCGCGGCCUUUGCCAAGUGUCCAUACCAAUGCAACGCACCUGAGCACGAAGGAUCCGAUGAAGCGCCUUCUUUCUGUGUCCUGGACGCUUGGCACAAGCCGGAAUUAAAGCCCGAAGGCGCUGACGAUGGGUUUUCAUACGUCAAUGGACAUAAAUUCGAGUGCGUGCACACUGUUGAUACGGGCAAGUUCCACAGCGUGCUCGUUCUCGACAGCUCCGGGUCGAUGAGUGGACAGCCAUGGCAAGACUUGCUCUGCGCUUGCAACGAGUUUGGGAUCGGUCGUCUGGAGGACGGAGGAGAGAACGACUUGGUUACCUACAUUACGUUCGACCACGAAAGCCGCAUCAUUUGUGAAGGCGCUCGCUUGCCCGACGCCCUACGGAUGACUGUGCCAUUCUCUGGAUGGGGGACCAAGUUUGAGAAGGGCCUGCGAGCCGCCAACGAAGUUCUGUCGCGAAACAAUUUCCAGGAGUUUAAGGCCGCGCUGAUCUUCUUUUCGGACGGUUACCCCUGCGAUAUCGAGCUGGGUAUUGCUCUGGCUCAACACAUCCGCUCCACGUACGCCAGGUACGACUUGAAGGCGUUCGUCGUUGGGUUUGGCCGCGCGAAUUUGUCGGUGCUUCAGCGGAUGGCGGAUGAGAUGGGCGGAGAGUAUUGCCACGUACUGGAUGCAAAAGCGCUAAGGACGGAGUUCCAGCGCAUCGCUGCCGUUCUGUGCAACAAUGAGGCGAGCCUUGCGCUGGAAGUGUCGGGCACGAAAGCUUCGUGA